UGCAAGUGAGCUUUACUAUGUUAACUUUUUUCCAAAAGAGUAUCUGUCCUUGACCCUGGUAGAUUAAAAUGGCGGGAGAAGGAGCAGAAGAAAUGGAAAUAGAAACUGAAAAAACAACAGAAUCCAGAAAAGUUGGUGGAUAUGAAACACCUUGGGUUGAGAAAUACAGGCCAGUCAAACUACAAGAUAUUGUUGGCAAUGAAGAAACCAUCAGCAGGUUAUCUGUCUUUGCAAGAGAAGGAAAUGUUCCAAACAUCAUUAUUGCUGGCCCACCAGGCACAGGUAAGACUACCAGUAUAUUGUGUUUGGCAAGAGCUCUUUUGGGAAAUGCUUUUAAAGAUGCUGUUCUUGAAUUAAAUGCUUCAAAUGACAGAGGCAUUGAUGUUGUAAGGAAUAGAAUCAAAAUGUUUGCACAACAGAAAGUCACAUUACCUAAAGGCAGACAUAAAAUCAUUAUCUUGGAUGAAGCAGACAGUAUGACAGAUGGAGCCCAGCAAGCACUACGUAGAACAAUGGAGAUAUUCUCAAAGACAACCAGAUUUGCUUUGGCGUGUAAUUCAUCUGAAAAAAUAAUAGAACCUAUACAAUCUCGGUGUGCAGUGCUUCGCUAUUCUAAACUAAGUGAUGCUCAGGUUUUGGCUAGAAUAUUGGAAGUUGUUAAGGCUGAGAAUGUGAGUUAUACUGAUGAUGGCUUGGAGGCUGUGAUAUUUACAGCACAGGGCGACAUGCGCCAGGCUUUAAAUAAUCUUCAGUCAACAUAUCAAGGUUUUGGUCAUGUGAAUAGUGAAAAUGUUUUCAAGGUGUGUGAUGAGCCUCACCCAGUCCUGAUCAAAGAUAUGUUGCAACAUUGUGUCCUGGGUCAUCUGGAUGAUGCCUAUAAAGUCAUGGCUCAUUUGUGGCGUCUAGGUUAUUCUGCUGAGGAUAUCAUUACUAUUGUGUUCCGAGUUUGUAAGAAUCACAGUAUGCCAGAAUAUCUCAAGCUUGAGUUCAUCAAGGAAAUUGGUUACACACAUAUGAGGUUUGCGGAAGGUGUUCAGUCUCUGUUACAGAUGUCUGGUCUUUUAGCAAGAUUGUGUCGAAAAUCAGCAGAACCUAAUUCUUUAGUACAGUAAAAAUUCCAUAUGCACUCUUUACAUGUAUUAGAAUUUGUUCCCUGCAUUUUGUACUGGUCAGUGAUUAGUUUCGACCUUACAGGUGUAUAACUAAGCAUUGUAAAACACUUAGGGUCUUUAAAACUCUUUUCACAGUGAAUCAUUACUUUCCUUAGCAGAUUUUAACUGAUUUGAAGAGGCUGGUAAUUCAUCAAGGAUUGGUACUUGGUUAAGAACAAUGCUCUCUUUAUUUCCUUCUGAAUGGACUCUUAGUACCCUACAUGUCCAAUGAACUUCCUGUUUGUCAGUGAAGAGUGUCACUAUGCAGCCAUGCAAGCUAAUUAAAAUUAAGUAUAAGGAGAUGAAUUUAUUUUUUAAAAAUUUUAAUUGUAGUUAUUGGUUAUAUUGGUCAAUGGUAACACACAAUUUUGGCUAAAUAAAAAUUUGUUUUCACUAGUAAUAACCUAAGACCCAUGUGAUGGCUAUUACUUUUUCAUUUUUUUAAAAUUUACUAUUUAAAAGCAAUCUCAUGUGAAAUUUUUUGUAGUUUACGUAUUACAUUUGUAAAAAAAAACUUGAAAUAAAUAAUUCUGUACAAUCA